AUGGACCACGUCAUGGAGAGCGACGAGCGCUCGACAGCGAUCCCGAGCACCUUCCUGCGCAACCUCUACGGCUUCCUCAACAACAACGACCUGCCCGACACGAUCGCAUGGGACGCCGACGGCCGGUCCUUCUCGAUUCUCGACCCGGAAAAGAUGGAGUCGAGCUUGCCGAUGCCGAACCUGUACCGUGGCCGCUUCAAGACCUUCAAGAUGCAGCUCGAGAAGCAUGGCUUCAUGAAGUCGCGCGACGGUACACGCUACUUUCGGCCCGACUUUGUCAAGGGCCAGCCCCAGCAGCUCGGCGACGUGUCGUCGUCGUCCUUGGGUGGCGCGAGCCCGCCGAUGCUGGCCGACGAGCGCCGCACGCCCAUGAGCUUGGAGUGCCGCAUUCAAGUGCCCCGCGCGCACGAGGCCAAGAAGCGCCGCCUCGCCGACGACAUGCCCACGACCAACAGCAGCGGCAACCUCUCGUGGGCGGUCAAGCGGCCGACGAGCGGCCUCUUGUGUAGUGUCAAUAUUGCCAAGCCGCGCCCAGCGGCCGCGGCCCACUCGGCACGAGAGACCACGGUGCGCGGCUCGGCGUCAAUCAUGUCAUCCCAGCGCCAUAGCGUCAUGGCCGACGCGUCGCUCGUCGCCCACCACCACCAGCACCACCAGUACAACAACUCGAGCAGCGUUCCGUCACUGCGACCGCCGGCAGCACAGAAUCACUUGCCGCGACUACCCUCGCUCCAUCGCGCGUUCCCGUUGUUUGGGUUGCAAUCGCAGCGCCCGAGCAGCGAUAUCUAA